CUUUGCACUUGCCAUCCUGCUCGACCCUCAAAUAAUAACAAUUCCCUCCCCCACAAACGUAAAGUUGCAAGUCGAGAGAAGCUGAGAAAGAAAGCGAAACGCUCACCCAACAACGCUUGCAACAGCAGCAAUGGCUUCCAUGACCAUGACAGCCUCCUUCCUCGCCGGCUCGUCGGCUGUGGUCGGCAAGCUCCCAUCGGCCAAGGUCUCGAGGGGGCUCUUCGUGGCCAAGGCCUCGAGAGCCACCGAGGCCGAGAAGGCCAGCCUUGAAGUCGAUGCCACCAAGGAAGAGAGAGCCAACGGGAGGAGGGACUUGGUCUUUGCCGCCGCAGCCGCAGCCGCAUGCGCCGUCGCGAGGGCCGCUGUUGCUGAGGAGGAAGAGGAGCCAAGGAGAGGGACUCCCGAGGCCAAGAAGAAGUAUGCUCCUAUUUGCGUGACAAUGCCCACUGCUCGCGUAUGCCGCAAAUGAGGGUCAGGAAUUUGGCAACUCCUUUUUACCCCUCUUGCUUUCGUGUUGAUUUGGGAAUGAUGAUAUGUUUGUAAAACCUGGUAUUCUAAUUUCUUGCUAUCUUGGGACUAAUCGAUCACCAUUCUAUCUAAGUCCGCUUCGUUCGUCUGAGUCA